AUGAGUGGUGGUUCAUUGGGUAUUCGUUCUGCUAGUUAUGGAUCUUUGGAGAAGCAAUUGCAGAAUGGGUUGUCGCCUAUUCAAACGGGGAGGAAACAGGUUAAGAUGGUUAAGGAGAAAGAGAGAUUGUUUCAUUGGAUCUGUAAAUUUGCUGGCAGGAAGAAGGUGGGAAUGCUGUUUCUCUGUGUUAUAUCUGCUGCUGUUUUCGUAUGGGUUUUGUACGUUGGAAAAGGUGAAGAUUCACAGGAGGGGAAUGGUGUGCAAAACAUCAGUGUGAAUGAGAGUAUGUCUAUAAAUGAUUCUCCAUCUAUCGUCUCUGCGGCAAAGGCCAUUGCUAAAAAUUUGCUGCUACCCCCAAGUUAUUUUCUGGGUUAUAAUCUUCCUCCGGGGCAUCCGUGUAAUAGUUUUACACUCCCUCCACCACCAGCUGAUAAAAAGCGUACUGGGCCACGACCAUGUCCGGUAUGUUACCUUCCUGUGAAUGAAGCCAUUAGACUCAUGCCAAAGUCUCCCUCACCGUCUCCAGUGCUUAAGAAUUUGACGUUUACCUACGAGGAAAAUCUAAGCAGAGAUGCAGAAUUUGGUGGUUCGGACUUUGGUGGAUAUCCCACUUUGAGCCAAAGAAAUGAUUCUUUUCAUAUACGGGAGUCAAUGUGUGUGCACUGCGGAUUUGUUAGAGGAAUUAAACCUGGCCGCAACACAGGAUUUGACAUGGAUGAAGAUGACCUCCUUGAUAUGGAGCAAUGCCGUGGCAUAGUUGUCGCGUCAGCUGUAUUUGGAAAUUUUGAUGAGAUAAAUGAGCCAAAAAACGUAAGCGAGCAUUCAAAGAACACUGUAUGCUUCCUUAUGUUUGUAGAUGAAGAAACAGAAAAGUAUUUGACGAGUUCUGGCAGACUGGGAACCAGCAAGAAGAUUGGUUUGUGGAGAAUUAUUGUUGCACGGAAUCUUCCUUAUACAGAUGCAAGACGUACAGGGAAGAUUCCAAAGCUUCUACUGCAUAGAAUGGCUCCAAAUGCCCGCUACUCUAUAUGGCUUGAUGGAAAGCUUGAGCUUGUUGUUGAUCCAUAUCAGAUUCUUGAAAGGUUUUUGUGGAGGACCAAUGCAACUUUUGCAAUAUCCAAACAUUAUAGACGCUUUGAUGUAUUUGUUGAGGCCGAAGCAAAUAAAGCUGCUGCAAAGUAUGAUAAUGCCUCCAUUGACUUCCAGAUCGAUUUUUACAAAAACGAGGGACUGACUCCGUAUUCGGAGGCCAAAUUUCCUCUUAUAAGUGAUGUUCCUGAAGGAUGUGUAAUAAUACGAGAGCAUGUUCCUAUUAGCAACCUCUUUACUUGUCUUUGGUUCGGCGAAGUUGACCGAUUUACUUCUAGGGAUCAGAUUAGUUUCUCAACUGUCCGGGACAAAUUUUUGUCACAGGUGGAUUUUCAUUUUCACAUGUUCUUGGAUUGUGAAAGACGCAACUUCGUAGUUCAGAAAUACCAUAGGGGUGUAUUAGGGCGGCUAGCUGCGCCAGUGGUUGUUGCUCUCAACCCUCCACCGCCGCUCUUGUCUCCCCCUCCUCCACUGCUUGAAAAUACACAAGAAAGAGUUGUUAUUCCAAUAACUAGGAGAGGCCCUGGAAGGCGCGGAAAAGAUAAGAGACCGGGUUCUAAGCGCCACCGCAAAGUUGCGGCCGGAAAUAGAGACAUUGAAGCAAAUUAA